AUGGUGUCCCAAUUUGUCACCGUCCUCGCUGCUCUAUCAGCUGUCACUCCUUUGGUCUCUGCUUUCGAUCCUCAAUCGAAGUCGAAUGUUGCUGUCUACUAUGGCCAAGGAACCGAUCAGCAACGUCUGAGCCAUUUCUGCCAAGAUACCUCCUUGGAUAUCAUCAACCUUGGUUUCGUCAAUAUCUUUCCUGACCAAGGCGUUGCCGGUUGGCCAGGAAGCAAUUUCGGCAAUCAGUGCGAUGGCACCUACUACACGGUUGGCAACCUAACAACGGAGCUGCUCAAAGGUUGCCACCAGCUAGUGGAAGACAUUCCUAUCUGCCAGGCUGCGGGCAAGAAAGUGUUCCUGUCUUUGGGUGGUGCUUAUCCCGCCACUCAGCAAAUCUUAUCGGAGGACUCUGCCAAUAAUUUCGCCGACUUCCUAUGGGGUGCCUUUGGCCCCAAGACCGACGAUUGGGUGUCCAACAAUGGUCCUCGUCCUUUUGGUGAUGUUGUCGUGGAUGGUUUCGACUUUGACAUUGAGCAUAAUGGCAAUUACGGUUACGCAACCAUGGUCAACCGACUGAGAUAUCACUACUCCUUACAGCAAGGUCGUACCUACUACAUUUCGGGUGCGCCUCAAUGCUCGAUACCUGACCUGCAGCUUGACAACGCGAUUGCCAACUCCCACUUCGACUUCAUUUGGGUGCAGUUCUAUAACACUCAGGGCUGCUCCGCCCGUGACUUUGUCGAAGGCACGGUAGAUGGUUUCAACUUUGACAAAUGGGUGGAUGUCAUUAAAGCAGGAGGUAACCCGGACGCUAAGCUCUAUGUCGGAUUGCCUGCCAGCUCGAGUGCCGCCGCCAGCCCUGACUAUUACAUCACCCCUGUGGAAGCCUAUUUGCUGGUUGCCGAGUAUAUGGCGCGCUUUCCAGAUACCUUUGGUGGAAUCAUGGUUUGGGAAGCGACGUAUUCGGACGAGAAUAAAUUCGGCGACGAAUCUUUCGCCGACGUGAUGAAGCAAAUUCUCGUGACCCUCGACCCUACUCCUCCUCAGACAAGCACUGUUCUGCCCUCUAGCAGUGCACCUACGCCAUCACCCUCCUAUACUGCCACAAGUACACCCGCGGUGCCCACUAUUUCUGUCUCGUCUACUGCUUCCACCGUGCCUACUCCUUCGGCUGUGUCGACUCCUUCGGCUGUGUCGACUCCUUCGGCUGUGUCGACUCCUUCGGCUGUGUCGACUCCCUCGGCUGUGCCUACUUCCACCGUGGUCUCUAGCCCGUCUACGAUUUCUAGCCAGUCUGCGAUCUCAAGCCCUCCUGCGGUGUCUACUCCUUCUGUGGUGUCUAACUCUGUUGGCUCGGGAUCUUCUGCCCCGUCGAGCAUUGCUUCCGUUGUUUCGAGCUCAUCUGCGGUGUCCAGCAGCUCUGUGGUGUCCAGUGCUUCUGUGGUAACAAGCAGCUCUGUUGUUGCCAGCAUCGGCGUGAGCACCCCUGUGGUGUCGGUCAGUUCUGUGGUGCCUAGCUCUUCCGUGGUCUCUGCUCCACCUACAGUAUCAGGUUCUUCCGGUUCAGCCAGCUCCCCUGUGGUGCCCAACACUCCCUUGACACCUAGCUCUUCUGUGGCUACCAGCUCCCCUGUGGUCUCCAGCUCCCCGAUCACCUCUAUCACACCCGCUAUUACAACCAAGACUGUGCUCUCUAGCUCGCCUGUGAUUCUUAGUUCCUCUGUUGUUCUAGGCUCGUCUCCGGCUUCUAGCCCUCUUGUUGUGACAAGCCGUCCUGUCGUUUCCACCCUGCCUGACGCGUCCAGCGCGCCCGCCAGCUCGACUUUGUUCUCUGGUCCCGUUGUCGCCACAUCGUCUUUGGCUACCAGCUCUCAUGAGGCUCAUAGUUCCUCUGUGCUGAGUCCUCCUGCGGUGUCUAGUUUCUCUGUGGUCACGAGCAGACCUGUCAUUCCAGGGCCUUCCACUUCAACCGUUGCUACUCCAAGAUUCUCCGAGACAUUGAGCUCUUCCAUCAUUCCCGGUGCAUCCAGCCAGGUGUCCCCCGGUGCGUCACAGCUGUCUACUACUUCGCUCAUCUCGAGCUCCGUGGUUUCUUCGGCGGGCUCACCUGUCACCUCGGGGGUGUCUGUGCCUUCGAGCUUGGUUAUCGGAGCUUCCAGCAUUGUGGCUUCGGCUUCCUCUAGUGUGGAGACUUCUAAUUUCAAUAGUCAAUCUCACUCCUCGGGCUCCGUUGUGGGUUCCGCCACGUCGGCUGUCUCAGUCGUCGCUUCUGAAACCGGCACCUUCACAGGCCCGUCCAUUGAAUCUAGCACAGCUGCUUUGACAGUUUCAACAGUGCAGCCCGGUGGCUCUGUUCCGUCGGUCUCAGGAACGAUCCCAAGCUCCGCUCUCUCUAACACUCAAUCGGGGUCGACCGCUUCGCGCGCCGGCACUACGUCGGGCACGGAGUCUUCCUCGAGCGCAGGUGCAACCAGUGUUCCUAUUUCUAGUAGCGAUGUGUCCUCUUCCGCAAACUCAGGAAAUCCUUAUGGGUCUGGUGUUACGAGCUCCACGGCGAGCUCAAGGACUUUGACAGUCUCAAGUCAGCCCGACCAUGGAAGCACGGCUUCUUCGUCGAGCACAACUCACGCUGUCAGUAAUGUGUCAGACCAGACAGGCAAGCCAACAACAGUGCCCAUUAGUGCUACAUCCACCGAUAGUGCUGCUUUUACUGUCAUUACCCCGGGCAUCACAUCUGGCCCUGAGGCCACUUCUGUGUCGCCCGCCGGAUCUGCGCUGGAACAAGCAACCACGACCACAAUCAUUGUAACCUCGUACAUUGAUAUCUGUCCCGAGGGCUUCACGACCAUCACUACAACUUACACGACCACCUACUGUCCUGUCACGGCUGCUGCCGCUGCCGCUGCAACUGCCACUGCCCCCGCCACAAUCCUUGGCGUCGCAGGUUCCCCGGGUGCUGACACAGCUAUUGCCCCCGCCAGGGUGACGGGCGCUUCCGCCUCCCAGGCUUCUACCACGACUGUUGAAAUCCCCGAGGGAUGGACUACGACGGUCACGGUCUGCACCCACUGUGCUGCAACACCGACUACAGUUACUCUGACUCGGCCAGCCAUCACCUCUUCAUCGGAGCCGACAUCACCGACCGCGGUCUCAGGCUCCCUGUCUGGCUGGACAACCACGGUUUCUGUCUGUACCGAGUGCGGGCCGACGCCGACUACAGUGACCGUCACGGUGCCUGUGAGCACUGUCGCAGCGGCGACAGGCAUUCACACUGGCAAUCCUGAAGGUGUCGAUGCUGUCCAUGGAGGGUCAACGGGGCUCGAUACAUCUUCGACUUCGGUGAAUGUAAUUCCUCACUUCACAUCCACUGCUCUUGUAUCUCCGAGUCAGGCACCUCCCAGUCAACCUGGAACCGCGGGAGCCGGAGAUGUUCGCCCUUCGUCGACACUUCUCGUUCAGCCCUCUGCAAGUGGCCUCCCAGGAUCGGUGGUACCUAGCAGUACACAAGGAGGUGUGUCGCCAGUAUUCACUGGCGCAGCUCCUCGACUGGCUGCCUUCAAGCAUGGGGCUGGGGCUCUCGUCACUAUUGCCCUCCUUCUGCUGACUACCUUGUAA